AUGCUGGUUCUAAAACAAAUUGCUGGGGAAUACAAGUGCCUAAGCCCUUCUCUGGCUGUCUACUUGGUGGCAGCUAGGAAUCUUCUGACAGAAUUCAGAGAGGCCACUUGGGAACAUAUCCCAAGGGAAGAGAAUUUUGCAGCCAAUGAAUUGGCCCAGGUGGCAACAGGCAUACAAAUACCCGAAGACUGUGUACAAAGAAUCAUCAAGAUAGGAAAGAAAAGCCUACCAUCGGUUCUGGCCAGGGGGAUGGAGAUAGAUGUCAACUCUGCCACAAUCACUGAGGAUGAUUGGAGGAAUCCUAUCAUGACCUAUCUACGAUAUCCAACUUUGCCCUCUGAGAAGAAAGUCAGAAUCAUGGCUUUAAACUACCUUAUGUGGAAUGAAGAUUUGGUCCGAAAGAGUAAGGAUGAGGUGCUUUUAAGGUGCCUCGGGAAGAAAGAAUACAUGAAAGUUAUGGGGGAAACCCAUGAAGGAAUCUGUGGAGCACAUCAAGGUGGAAGGAAAAUGUGCUGGUUAAUCAGAAGAUACGGCUACUUCUGGCCAACCAUGAUGAAAGAUUGCAUUAACUAUUCCAAGGGGUGCGAAUCUUGUCAAAGGCACGGUCCAGUCCAGCAGGCUCCAUCAGUUCCCAUGAAUCCAGUGGUAAAACCAUGGCCCUUUAGAGGAUGGGCAAUGGAUCUCAUUGGUAAGAUCUAUCCAGCCAGCAGCCAGCAGCACUGCUUUAUCAUUGUUGCCACAGACUACUUCACCAAGUGGGUGGAGGCCAAGGCUGUUAAAUCCACUACAUCUCAAGAGAUCAUCAUUUUCAUAGAAGAACAGAUCAUCCAAAGAUUUAGCAUCCCAGAAUCAAUCACAACUGAUAAAGGGUCAUCUUUCAUAUCUAGAGAAAUGCUGGACAUGGCAGAGGCAUUCAAAUUCAGACUGCUCCAAUCCACUCCUUAUUAUGCCCAAGCCAACGGACAGGCGGAAUCAAGCAACAAAGUAAUCAUCAACAUUAUCAGGAAAAUGCUUGAAAAGAAUCCAAAACAGUGGCAUGAGAAGCUGUCAGAAACUCUGUGGGCAUAUAGAACUUCAAAGAGAGAAGCGACUGGCAUGACUCCCUACGCGUUAACCUACGGUCAUGAUGCAAUUCUGCCUAUGGAGAUAGCUGUUCAGUCCCUCAGAAUUGCUCACCAACAUGACUUAGUAGGAGAAGACUACUCCCAGGCCAUGCUGCUGGAACUGGAAGGAUUGGAUGCAGCCAGAAUUGACACCCUCAACAAACUCCUGGCAGGAAAACAGGCUGUAUCAAGGGCCUACAACAAAAGAGUCAGGAACAAGAGUUUUGAAGAAGGGGAGAUAGUCUGGAAAGCAGUUCUGCCCCUUGGAACACAUGUGGCUGGUUAUGGAAAAUGGUCACCUACAUGGGAAGGUCCUUUCAUAAUCAGCCAGAUUCUUGGAAUGGGGGCUUACAGGUUGCAGGAUAGGGAUGGAGAAGUUCAUACGGCCCCGAUCAAUGGCAAAUGGUUAAAAAAGUUUUAUCCAACCAUGUGGGAUUCACAGGCUGUACAAACAGACCCGGGGAUAGACACAAGAGUUAACUAA